AUGCGCAAGUUUGAACACCAACCUGACAAGGGCGGCCCGAAAGGAAGCGCAAAGGCUCGAAUACAGCUACCGAUAGCGCAACCAGCCGCUGAACCAGCAUCAAAUGGGCAUUCGGACUCACCAAACAUCACCUCAUCAAGCGCGGAUCCUUACAAAGCAGCUUGUGAAGCUCUUGAUCGCGACGGCUUUGUCGUUCUAUCCGCCUCGCUCUUUCCAACUUUUGAUCUUGACGCCCUUCGCGCCGCUGCCUCACGCAUCACAGCAGCAGCACGAUCUGGAAACUGGCCAUAUAUACGUACGUUACCAAAACAAUUUCCACCAUGGCCACAGGAUCCUUCAAACGGGAUCUGGGGAGUGCAGCAUCUACUCCACCCAUCAAAUCCAGAUCAUCUCACAUUCGCAAAGUCAUAUUUCGACAGCGAGCUACUGAAAUAUGUUGCAACACUGAUUGGCUGUGGAGAAGACGAUCUGACCAUGGAGCUGUACAAUAUGCUGGUCCGGCCGGACAAAGACUUCAGCCUGCGGUGGCAUAGAGACGACGUGGCAGUGACAGCAACGCCAGAAGAAGAGCUGGAGCGACUGCAGAAGCCAGGGCAUCACGCACAGUGGAAUCUCGCACUGUAUGAUGACAGCAGUCUCGUCCUCGUGCCUGGUUCUCACAAACGUGCACGCACUGACACAGAGAGGAAUGCGGAUCCGUACGAAGCACAUAUGCCCGACCAGAUUACUGUGCAGCUGAAAGCAGGAGAAGUUGCAUUCUACAAUAACAACAUUCUCCAUCGCGGCGUAUACGAUAGUACGAAAGAGAGAAUGACGCUGCAUGGCAGUAUAGGGACAACACUUGCGGGAAGUGAGCGAGCGAGGAAUGUGCUACAGCAUGGUGUUGGUGAUUGGGCGAAGGAAUACAACUUUGACGAUUUUGAGCCUGAGAUGGCAGCAAGAGCGAAGAAGAUGAGAGAGAAGCUUGUGGAGAUGGGGGAGAAGAGUGGAGAUGUUGGCUUCUUCUCGAAGGAUGAGUAA